GUAACGUUAGGCCACUCCAGAUGACCAAAUAAGGAAACCUGACACAUGAAAGUGGAAUUUGUUCUGGUCGGUUUCAUAUUAAUGGGAAGAAAGCUGAAGUGCUUUGUGUCGUUGGUGCUUCAUCGUGUCUGUUUCGGUCACGUCGAUAGAUACAUCGGCGCGCGCGUGUGUGUGUGUGUUUGUGCGCGUGUGUGAAAACAUUAGUGCGCGAGCUGCUGUAGUUUCUUGAGGGAAAAGAGAAGAGGAAGCCGUUCCGCCCCCACGACCAGCCCGUAAGGCCGAGGAGCAAAGAAGCAGAAAGAAGAGAAAAGAAGCCGAAAGGGACGCCGCCCGCCUCGGAGACACACCGCCGCGCUGCCGUGGAGCCUUUUACUUGUUGCUGUGGCGGAUGGACAAGCAGAGCUCCGGCGGGACUUUCGUCUUCAGGUCCGGUUGUUGUGUCGAAGACCUCGUUUAAAAAAAAAAAAAUGAGUAAAGUUUUAGUUUGAAGCUGCACCGAUUAAAAAAAAAAAAAAAAAACCGCCCGUGCUGGUGUCUGCUGCGAACAUCAACGUUGACCGGCGGAUCUGCUCGACUACUUUACUUUGUGGGGUUUUUUUUUGUUUGUUUUUUAUCGUGGCUCGGGUUGGCUUUUAGCUCAGGCCCUGGACGGUUUUUGAUCGGGACGAAUCCCAGUUCAAAACCAGUAUGAGUGGAGACGAGGAACGAUUCAAACUGGUGGUGGUGGGAGGAGGAGGGGUGGGGAAGAGCGCCCUGACCAUCCAGUUCAUCCAGUCCUACUUUGUGUCGGACUACGACCCCACCAUCGAAGACUCCUACACCAAGAUCUGUACCGUGGACGGGAAGGAGACCCGGCUGGACAUCUUGGACACAGCAGGUCAGGAGGAGUUCGGAGCGAUGAGGGAGCAGUACAUGCGCUCAGGAGAAGGCUUCUUAUUGGUGUUUGCACUCAACGACCGGGGCAGCUACCAUGAGGUCCAGAAAUUCCACACUCAGAUCCUGAGAGUCAAAGACCGAGAUGACUUCCCCAUGGUGCUGGUUGGAAACAAGGCAGACCUAGAACAGCAAAGAGUGAUCACCAGGGAGAAUGCUCAGGGGUUCGCCAGAGAGAACAGGAUCCACUACAUGGAGGCUUCGGCCAAGAAUCGCCACAACGUGGAUGAAGUCUUCUUGGAGCUGGUGCAAAUCAUCAGACGGUUUCAGGAGAUGGAGUGUCCUCCUCCGACGACUCAUCACACAAGGAAACAGAAAAGGGGUGGCUGUCCCUGUGUCCUCCUCUAAGCACUGUUACCAUGGACACCGAAGCAUCAUCCCUCUACAGAUUGUUCAAAAAGGAGUGUGUGUGUGUAUGUGUGUGUGUGUGUAGAGAGAGAGAGAGAGAGAGAGAGAGUGAUAAGGUGCAUCAUUUUCUUUCCAAAUGGUUUUAUUUGCACACUUGCCAAAAGCAACUUUUAAUCAGUGUAAUGGUUGAUUUUAAUUUGAGGAUAUAAAGGGAGAUGUGUUAGUAGCAGUUUGGUGAAGAAACACAAAGUACUGUAGCCGGUGUACCGGUGACAUGGAGUAAUCAUCACGUUACUGUACAUAGUUGGUGUUCACAAAUAGAAAUAUCAUCACAUGUUGUAAAAAGGACCAAACUGCUUUUAGAAAAGGACACCGCGUCUGUGAUGAAUGAUGUCAGCAGUGACAUCACCACAGGGCUGACUGUUAGACUGCGUGGAGAGACUCACCCUAACAAUCAUUUCCAAUACCAUGUCUUUAAAAUGGACAUGUCAAACAUUUCAACUUCUUGUGAAAUGUGGCACGCCCAAAGGCGAGCCAUGAAAUCCAUGUGCUGCCAUGUUGCAUACCUUCCUGCAGGGGGCAGCAGACCCCCGCUGCAGAAUUGGGAGAGGACUUUCAGGCUACAGCUACGUUUCCAGCUGCUGUACUUUGUCUUUUGGUGCCUCAUCCCCAUCCUCCCACUUGUGGUGCCAUGUUGUGACAGAAUAAUGAAACCAUCCAACAAUACAAAAGGUCUGAUCAGACUUCAGUAUAGAAGCCCUGGUCCCAUGGCCAUGCACAGCCUGCACAAGCUGGAUGAAGAAAAGCCUAAUUCAAGGCUGCAUUCAAUUUAUAACCUGGCAGUGCAGUAGUCAUGACAGCAGAACUGGUUUCUGCAUUUGCACCUUUCAUUUGACACAAAUAUACUCUGCGGAUGUUAAUGGUUUUGGGGAUAGGUGGACUGCAUUCUGGUACUAAUGUCUUUAUUUUACUCAAUUCAUUUAAUAAGUGGUAUAUGUAUAAUAAUGUUUGUUCACAGAAAUCAAGUGAACUAGUGGUGAAAUCUCACUAACACAAAAAGAUCUCCAGGUUCGCUUUUCUAGAGCUUUCAACUGCAUCUCAUGGUUUUCAUUAGAUGAUUGUUGGACUCCAUGGCGAUGGUUCGGUUGUCAUCGCAUGACAUAAAUGUGGAACUUCAGUAUAGGGAAGUGUCCUGUGUGAAUUGGCUCUGGUGUUCAUCCAGGCAUCUUGCUGUUUCACUGAUAGUAGUGUUCCCUGCAGCUGUCACACGUGAUGUCACGAUGAUGUCAUCGACACUCCCGUCUUCUUAGUGUCUCAAGUGCUGAAAGUCAUAAGGGAUAACCCUGGAGGCUUCUGGGGGUCCCUGUUCACCACAUACUGGUAUCAUGUGACUGAAGUUUCAUUCUGAGGUCACAUGAUGACAACUAAGCCAUCUUCAUGACAACUGAGCAAGCUUUAUUCACCAUGAAGACAGUGUUUCUAGGUUGAAAGUUCUGGAAAAAAUGAAUAAGUGGAUGUUGACUUGAGGUUCUUUUGCUUUUGAAGGUGUGUAAUAAUCUAUGUUGCCCAUCAUAUCACAUUGGAGAUAUAUUGUCUCCUUUACAGUGUCACAGGAGCCUGUGGAUGGCCUAGCCCUCUUCUGCAUAGCAACAAAACUAGGCCCAGAGUAACAGGUCUACAGAGUGUGUUUGUUCUUUUUUCCCCAUUUGUCAUAUUUGGACUCUGAACUGCAGUCUAACUAACAGACGUUCCACCUCUGUAAGAUCCUCACCCCACCCCCAACUGCAGUAGCCCGAAUCCACUGGUGGAGGUCCCUAUUGCAGCAUCAGGGAUGAGCAGCCAGCAGUCUUCCCCAGCUCCCCACACACAGACAUGACCAACUGUUAGUGUCAAAUCCCACAUUCAGGCCAGACGUCUAGGGCCGUAGUGGUGGACGUUGACAUUAUGUCUGUUCUUGUAUUGAUGGUGAGAUAAUCAAAAACCACAGACAUGAGUCCACUUUACAUCUUCAAAGACCGUCCUCACUGCUUUUUAUUUGCAAGGACAGAUUAACUCACUAUUAUGCACACUAAGAAAAAGUUGAAAAUUGAAGAAAAAUGAAAUCUCUCAUAGUAAAUGUCCAAUAAUAUCUACCUUUUUUAUGUCAUUUUUAAUGCUUUGGGCAGUUUGGUUACUUUUUUUCACUUUAAGAAUUAAUUUGUAUACCUAUAAUACAAACUGCAUUUCACAUCAUUCAGUUUUGUAAUGAGAUAAAAGUCAAAUCUAUUUUAUACCAUUAAAGCAUU